UAUAUAUACCAAUUUCUAUUUCUAUUCUAAUAAUCUAAUAAAAUAGAAAAUAAUCUAAUAAAUAAAUUAGAAAUAGAUUAGAUUAAGUAAAUAAAUUAAGUGAAAUCUCAAAGAAUCCCAUGAUUUAGUAUAUUAUUCAUCAAACACAUAUAUAUACAUUUCAUUCGCGAGGAGCUGGAUGAGAAGAAACUCUCAUGUCCGGUUCUGUAGUAGAGAUGGAAUUGAGAAACAACCAUCAACUAUAACCCAAAAAGAACCCGAUUCCGUAAACAACAUAGAGGAAGAAUGAAAGGAAUAGCUUUUCGAGGUAAUCGUAUUUGUUUCGGCAAAUAUGCUCUUCAGGCACUUGAACCCGCUUGGAUUACAUCUAGACAAAUAGAAGCGGGACGACGGGCAAUGACACGAAAUGCACGCCGCGGUGGAAAAAUAUGGGUACGCAUAUUUCCCGACAAACCAGUUACUUUAAGACCUACGGAAACACGUAUGGGUUCGGGGAAAGGAUCUCCUGAAUAUUGGGUGGCUGUCGUUAAACCAGGUAGAAUACUUUAUGAAAUGAGUGGAGUAGCAGAAAAUAUAGCAAGAAGGGCUAUUUCAAUAGCAGCAUCAAAAAUGCCUAUACGAACUCAAUUCAUUAUUUCGGGAUAGGAAUAUAGAACUAAAGGAAAAAGACUUUUGUUUUGGGGUGCUAAAAUAAAUCGAAAGUUUUUUUUUUGUUUUGGACAAACAAUAUAUCUUUUUUUCCUUUGCAUUAAAAUAACAGAUAAAAAAAAAAAAAUGAUAUGAUCCAAUCUCAGACCCAUUUGAAUGUAGCAGAUAACAGCGGAGCCCGAGAAUUAAUGUGUAUUCGAAUCAUAGGGACUAGUAAUCGCCGAUAUGCUCAUAUUGGUGACGUUAUUGUUGCUGUGAUCAAGGAAGCGGCACCAAAUUCACCUCUAGAAAGAUCAGAAGUAAUCAGAGCUGUAAUUGUACGUACUUGUAAAGAACUCAAACGUGAUAACGGUAUGAUAAUACGAUAUGAUGACAAUGCUGCAGUUGUCAUUGAUCAAGAAGGAAAUCCAAAGGGAACUCGAAUUUUUGGUGCAAUCGCCCGAGAAUUGGGACAGUUAAAUUUACUAAAAUAGUUUCAUUAGCGCCUGAAGUAUUAUAAAAUAAAAAAUUCUAAAUAAAAUAGAAGAUAAUACCAUUUAAAAUUAAGAUGAGACCAUGAUACAGUUCUAGUAUAUAGUUAUAGUAUUUUUUAUAUAGUUUUUAUUGUAUAGUUAUAGUAUUUGAAUAAAAAUGAAAUAGAAUUUCAUUAGUAAAUUGUGUUUCACGCAUAUACCUUUAAUAAAAUAAGUAAUUCAAAAAAAAAAAAA